GACCUGUGUUUUCCCCGGAAGUGCCUUCCCUCCUCCCGAGUCUGCACGGACGCAGCUUCCUUACCUCACUUGUCUUCGCCCCUCCCCGUCCCUCUACGCGUUUUGGAUCCUGGUUGGUGCUUCCUGGUUGCAGCCGCGGCAUAUCGAGGUUACUGACUUUCCAUGAUGUUUGGUGGCUAUGAGACUGUAGAAGCAUAUGAAGAUGACCUUUAUCGUGAAGAGUCAUCUAGUGAACUGAGUGUUGAUAGUGAGGUGGAAUUUCAGCUAUACAGCCAAGUUCAUUAUGCCCAAGAUCUUGGUAACAUUAUCGAGGAGGAAGAAAGUGAAGAAGAGAACGCUGGGAAUUCUGAAUCAUCAACUACUAAACCAAAUCAGAACUUAAUUGUCCUUUCAGAUAGUGAGGCCAUCCAGCUAUCAGAUGGGUCAGAGGUCAUCACUUUGUCUGAUGAAGAUAGUAUUUACAAAUGUAAAGGAAAGAAUGUUAGAGUGGAAGCACAAGAAAAGGCCCAAGGUCCUUCUGCUGCUCUUCAUUCUAGUGAGUUGGCUAAUAAGGAAUGUGAGAGGGAUAUUGAGAAAACUAAACCUGAAGAGAGAUCAAAUGUAAUCCGAGAGGUCAUGAUUAUAGAAGUCAGUUCAAGUGAUGAGGAAGAGAGCACUAUUUCGGAAAGUGAUAAUGUGGAAAGCUGGAUGCUACUGGGAAGUGAAGACGAUGAUAAGGAUGAUGAUAUCCUUCUCAACCUUGUGGGAUAUGAAGACUCUGUUCCUGAAGGAGAAGGUGACGUAAACUGGUUCAUCAGUGAAAAAGAUAUUGAGGCCCAGAUAGCUAAUAACAGAUCACCUGGAAGAUUGGCCCAGCGAUACUACACGGACUACAAAAAUGUUAUCUGUAGAAACUGUGACAAACGUGGCCAUUUGUCAAAAAACUGCCCCUUCCCACGUAAAGCUCGUCCGUGUUACCUGUGCUCCGAGUUAGGACACUCCAUGUAUUCCUGUCCAGCAGACCUAUGCAUUAGCUGUCCUAUGCCUGAGAAAUUUCGCCACAAAUGUCUUUUCCCACGUGCCUGGGCUAAAGAAUGUAACCGGUGUCAUAUGAAAGGCCACUAUACUGAUGCUUGCCCAGAAAUCUGGAGGCAGUAUCACCUAACGACCAAACCUGGACCACCCAAAAAGCCGAAGACCCCUUCCAGACCAUCAGCCUUAGUGUAUUGCUACAACUGUGCACAGAAAGGCCAUUAUGGACACGAAUGUAAAGAGGAAAUAGGAUAUGGCGUGUUUCUAAAAUCUCCAUUCGUCAACUACUAUGAUGACAAAUAUGAAAUUCAAGAGAGAGAGAAGAGACUAAAACGAGAAAUAAAAGUACUCCAGCGAAAUGGGGAUAUUCCAAUGUGUUACACGCUAUCUUCUGUGGAAAGAGCACAUGAGAGUCUCCCCCAUCAUAAGAGGAAGAGCCAUGCCUUGUGGAAGAGUAGCAGGUGGCCUCAAGAAGAUAAAGAAAUGACGUACAGGAAUAGAGACCAUAAAAAGCACAGGAAAGUUGACAGACGUCGUGAGGUGGAUGAGGAUUUUCCCAGAGGCCCAAAAACUCACUUUCCUCCUGGCAGUAUUAAAACCUGGAAGCCUCAUAAGUCCUUUCACCAUUCGUCGCAUCACCACAAGUCAAGAGAAGACAAGCUUCCCAAAGAGGGCAAGCGGGGCAAGAAGAAGAAAAAAGAGAGAUACUUGGAAGAUGAUGACAAUGAUAAUUUAUUUCUUAUUAAGCAGAGGAAAAAAAAAAUCUAAGCCGUACAACAGCCUCUGAUUUGACUUUCCAUUGUUCAUUUGGUCUUCAUGUUUAUAGCAUUCUGCCAGUAUUUUUAUUAUUUAUGAUCAAACAAAGUGAAGUUUUGUUUUUUUAAUUUCAGCCAUACCUAGAGUUUUGGAUAAAAACCAUGGAGACUCAGUUCUCUAUGUCCAACAGAUUAUUUGGUAAGAAAAUAGAUAAACUAGGACUUCUGUUCCAGUGUCACUUUUACUCAGAAUCCUAGGGAUAAGAAGAAUUCAUCUUUUCAAGAAAACUUUUUUAAAAUACUUUGAAAAAAAAAAUAAAAGCUUAUCAAAUGUAAUUCAUCCACAAUGUGAGUAUGAAAAUUAAAUCCUGCUAGAAAGAGAAAUUAACACUAAUAAGAAAUUUUCAAGUCUUUUUCAGCAUUUUUUUUAAAACAUUGGAAAGGGCAAUAGCUAUAAAUCUAAAUCCAGCUUUUCUUGCUUCUGAUGCUGUUGUCAGAAUCCUUCUUUGGAUAGAACACCCACAAACCAUAAAAACAAAGGUAUCACUGAAGCCCUGAAGAGGCAGGGAACUGGGCUUCAGCAGAAUACAGAUAAGGAAUCCAUCUAGUAUAAACAUCAGAAGACAAAUUUCCUAAAACAAGUGAAACAGAGUCGUCAAAAAUGUUAACAUAAUCACAGUGAAAUAGUUUUUUUAUUAUUUUUACAGCUACAUUUCAAGAAGACUCAGAUCUAUAGAGAAGAAUAUUACCCAAAUUAAAACAUUGUUUUGUUUUUGUGGAUUUUUUAACUGCCACAAAGCUAUAUAGAAUUUUUUGUACUUGUGAACCUUUUGUGCUUAUCAAAGCCUAAUGUUUGAAUAAGAAAAAUAAAAUG